AUGUUUCAACAAACUCUUGAUGAACAACAAAAUUAUGUCCAACUUCAACAUCACGUGCAACAAAAUCAUGAUCGACAACUUCAACAUCACGUGGAACAAAAUCUUAAUCCAAAUCAACAAACGCUUCAACAACAAAUUAUUGAUCAUGGAAUUAUUGCAUUUGAUAAUCCAUUAUCAGUUCAAAACAUGACAAAUGAUAACAAAAAUAAGGCAGCGCAAUCUUUGCCACCACCACAGCAACGCCAAUUAGUUUAUGUUAAAAGCAACUCCAUUAACAUUAAUAACGAUAUUAAUUUUAAUCAUCUCGAUUUAAAUUUAAAUGUUUCUUCAUUCAAUUCUAGAAAAAACAACGAAGACCCGUUUAUUACAACAAAUAAUAAUCGUGAUUUAAAUUUAAAUGUUACUUUAUUCAAUUCUAGAGACGAAAAUGAAUAUCCGCUUAUUACAGCAAUUACAGAUCAUAUGUUAAUUAUUAAAGACUAUAGAAUGAAGAUUAAUCAACACCAUUUCGAAUUGGAACAAAUUGUCGGUAUCUUAAGACGUAGAGAUAAUUAA